CCGUGACGUCACUGCGCCCUGACGUCGAGCCGACGCGUAGCUUUGGUCUCCGGGGAGACCGCGAAAGCCGUUCGCACUCCGAGUGGAGGUCUAGAUUAUUUUACUUGAGAACUCACAUUUUGGAAAUUAUGGAUCGUCACAUCCCCAUGCAUGCAUUACCUGAAGAAAUCCAAAAGAUGUCUCCUGAAGAAAAAGUUUGUAAGUACUGUGGAGUCAGCUAUCUGAUCCUUCACGAGUUUAAGGCUAUGGAAGAAAAAGUGAAGGCGAUGGAAAAAGAGAUGAAAUUUUAUCAAGGAAGUGUAGACCGUGAAAAGAGACUUCAAGAAAAGCUACAGUCUCUUAGUCAAGAUUUUGAACAGUACAAAAUUGACAAUGAAUCCAAAACAGAAAGAAUUCAAGAUGUGAGCAUGCAGUUAAAAAGUCAGCAAAAUGAAUUUCAGAGAUUACAGAAAGAAUUUAAUCAUUUGCAACAUGAAUUAAAAAUUAAGCAGAGACAAUCACAAGUAUUCAGUCAAAGAUUGGUGGAGUACAAAUAUUUCUGGAAUAAGACUCUUUCAUUACUUACUUUUACUAAAAGGGAGCUAACCAGUAUUAAAAAUGAAGUAUAUGAUAAUUUUCAAAACUGGACUUCACUGAAAGGAGAAGUUUUUCUACAAAUUAAAUCCAUAAGUGAAACAGCCUUUACAGAAAUAGAGAUACUAAAGAAAAGUUUGACAGUGUCCCAGAGAAAAAAGACAUGCCUUGAAGAGGAAAUGAAAAAUCUGAAAUUAUUGUCAGAUGCAGCCACAUUGAGGUCUCAGCAGAUUCAGACAUCCAAACAACAGGAAGUAAACUUGCAAACCAGAUGCCAUGACUUGCAAAAAGAAGUACUAGAUUUACAAGGUCAAGUAGAGGCCCUUGGGCUAAACCUUCAGAAGGCAGUGACCAAGAUUGACAACUAUAAAGAAAAGCUCAUGAAUAAAUCUAAUGAAGCUGCUGACUGUCAAAGAGAACUUAGAAAACUGAAGUUUGAAUCCAUUAUUUCUGAAUCACGGCAUACCAGAUUGCUUAAAGAGAAAGAGGAUUCUUUAAUGGCUUGUCAACAAACAUAUAAAACUUUACAGGAAGAACUGACUGCAAAAGAAAGACAAGAAGAAGACAUGAAAAAAAGAAUUAACCUUGCAGAAAAUGAACUACAGAUAACCAAAACUCUUCUGACUCAGACAAAGGAAGAAGUUGUAACACUGAAAAAUGAAAGGGAACUAAUGCUGAUUUCACAUCAGAAAAGCAUUGAACAGCUGCAGGAAACCCUUAGACAGAAGCUGCUGAAUGAUGAUAACUGGAGAGAGAAGAUUGAAGCUGAGCUGGCCAAGGAAAGAGCCCGACACGUAGUUGAAUUUGAGGAGCAAGCUCUGCUUUUUAAGGAAGAAGCUAAACUGGAACUUGAUAUUGAAAAGGAAAAACAUCAAGAAAUAAUCCAAAAGUAUAAGAAAGAACAAGAGGAACUACAAACAAAGAUAUCAGACUUAAUCACAGGUGCUACCAGAGAGCUAAGGCUGGAAGUGGCCACCCUUGAAGAAAAACUCCGUGAAUCUUGUGUCCGCUACACUGAAGAUUCUGAGUCAAAGGAGAAAGAAAUCAAAAACCUGAAAAAUGUGGUUGCAGAAUUUGAAUCCCGCUUGAAGAAGGAAAUUGCUAGUAAUGAUUCUGUUUCGGAGGACUUGAGGAAGGAAAUGCAGCAGAAGUCAGAUGAGCUAGAAAGAGUAAUGCUGGCACAAACACAACUGAUACAGCAGUUUAACGAGUCCCAGGAACAGAACACUUUUCUUCAGGAAACAGUGAGGAGGGAAUGCGAAGAACGCUUUGAACUGACAGAGGCGUUGAGUCAAGCCAGAGAACAGCUCCUGGAGUUCAGGAAACUCAGUGGAAGUUCACCUCUAUCACCGUGUUCCCUUAGCCAGGGCAGCCUAACCUCCUCUGCUGCAGUGGUCAGUAAUCAGGGAGAAAGCAGCCUUACAAGACUGAACUCUGGAAAAGGAAUCAAAAUACCCAGCCUGCACAGAAUGUCAAAACCCGCCGCUUCCCCAACCUCGCCUCAGUCCAAGAGGCUGAGCAGCUCAGGUUUGCCCACUGUCCCUCAACCCCAUCCUCCUCGCAGGGGUCCAGCAUCUUCAGUAAACGAGACCAGACAAAGGCUGGCCACCAUUCUGCGGAGGAGACUGAGUCAGCAGGGAUCAGUCCAGUCAGGGGCAGCUCCCCCCCGCACACCUGGUCUUCCCCAGUGGGCCAGAGAUGCACGGUGACUGAGGAUGACAAAGGUCAAAUUAUUAUCGCGGAUCAAGAAUGCGUGUAUAUAGAUGUUUUUAAUAAGAUAACUAGGGAAAACUAGGAAUUGUGAAGCCACAUUUUCUAAGAGACCUUUGAAGUUGCCACAGAUAAUGAUGUUGUUGAUAUUCCAGAGGGCCAGUGUCCAUAUUUCUAUAUUGCAUCUUUAGGCGUGGUCUAUGAAUAUACCCUUUUAGAGAUCAUAGGUGAAAAUUUUCACUCAUGGCAUCUUUGCUAUAUAUAUAUAUAUAUUUUGCACCAAUACAAGCAGAUAUAUUUCCACAAAAAAAUAGAUUGUAUUGGUUCUGUCAGUGUUUGUUCCUUUGUUUGUUGAGCUAAAUGGGUGAAAUAUAUGUAAUUCAUAUUUCCAAAUAGAAAACAGAAGUACUUUAGUCCUACAUUUGAUA